AUGGAGCCAUUUCCCCGGAUGGCUUUUCUCCGAGCGAGUCAGAGAGACGCGUUGCUGGGCAUGGCAAUUCAGUAUGACAUCCAGAAACAAGGCGAUCGCAGAUGGGUGUGCCAGGCUUGCAUACGCAAGAACGCGCCACGUCCACGCAAUUUCGAAGCCGAUGGCAUUCAUAAUGUGUACAACUAUCUAUUCAACGAUCAUGGGAUUGGCGCCCCGCCUGGGAAGACCCAGGGUACCGCUGAAAAGAAGACGUCGAAACGCAGGAGGCCCGUGGGACAGAAAACUCUCGCGGAAACAAGCCAUCGCGAACUGCUUCAUCAAACGUUUGACAAAGAACACUUCCGCAGAGUCCUUGUGAAUUGGAUCGUAGCCAAGAACCAUUCUUUCUCCACCGCGGAAGAAACCGAUCUUCACGCCAUCUUUGAGUACUUGAACCCAUCUGUCUCGGGUCGCAAUGCCAACAUGACCCACACAACAGCUCGGAAGAAGAUCAUGGUCGCGUUCGAAGAGCACAGACACAAGGUCAUAGACGUCCUUCGCAAGGCUCCUGGCUUAAUCCACAUUUCUUUUGACGGCUGGAGGUCUGGGAACCGGCAUGCGCUGUAUAAUAUCUAUUGCUUUUUCAGGACCGAGGAUAACAAACCCUGUAAGAUCACAAUCGGAGUUCCCGAAGUUAGCGCUCGACACACCGGCCCGAAUAUUGUGGCAGAGAUCCUGGAUGUCAUCGAAUCGUAUCAGAUUGAAGACAAGAUUGGUUAUUUUACUCUUGACAAUGCGCCAAACAAUGACACUGCCUUGGAGAUUAUUGGUGGAGAGCUGGGAUUUGUUGGCAAAGCCAGGCGAGGGCGCUGCUUCGGACAUAUCUUGAACCUUUCCGCCAAGGCCAUUCCUUUUGGCCAUGAUGCCGAUGCCUUUGAGCGUCGGUUGUCAGGUGCAGAGCCUCUCACCGAAGCCGAGCAUCUGCUUUGGCGCAAGAAAGGGCCAGUGGGCAAAUUGCAUAAUCUCGUGGUAUCAAUCCACAGAUCAGACUUGUUGACCAACAUGCUUCGCAGCAUCCAAAGAGAGGCAUUCGCCAAAUCAUCUGAUCCCAAGCUGAACACGAGAAAGCCGAUGGAUGUGAUCCUAGAUAACGAUACCAGGUGGCUUUCCCAGCUGUAUAUGAUAAGGCGGGCCCUUCUACUACGCGAUAACGUUGAGCGACUCAUCGCGCAUCAUCGCAUCGAGUUUGAACAGCAAAACAAGAGUAAGAGGGGGGGUCUGAGAAGACCUACCAGGCUGCCUUUCAUUUGCCAGCCCGAGAGUCAGCUCACCGAUAAGGAUUGGGAGGUACUUGAGAUAUUUGACCAAAUUCUCACUUUUUACGAAGCCACGAUCAGAAUGCUCGAAGGUGAUGGUCAAAUUCGAAAGCGGAAGCACGGAUGGAUGGGAUCAUAUGGCAACGUAUGGGAUGUCGUUCAAGGCUUUGAAUUCCUCCUGGGACAACUCGAACACUGCAAAGACGUGGCAGAAAAUUUUCCCGAUCCCGAACAUCUCAGGAUCAACAUCAAUCUUGGUUGGCAGAAGUUAAAUGACUACUACAGCACAUUGAGCGACACUCCUAUCUACUACACCAGUUUGGCCCUUCAUCCAGCGUACCGAUGGAAAUGGUUCGAACGCAACUGGGGUAAUCGGCCAGACUGGAUUGACGAGGCACAGAGGAUCGUGCAUGAUGUCUGGCGUGCUGAGUAUCGAGAGGUUACUCUUCCGGAUGAAGUGGCGCCGGGGACAGAACUCGUGGUAAAACGGCGAAGACUUUCUGGCAAUCCGUUCCAAGAAUUUCUGGAACGAAACCGCUAUGCGGCUCCAGCUGCAGACCAAGACGGACUCGCGCCCGGCCAGGAUGAAUACCUGCACUGGAUAACGCACUGUGAAGCUGGCGACGGCUCAGUUGACGAUCCCAUUGCAUACUGGCAUAACAAGCGACACAAAUAUCCGAAUCUGUCGCGAAUGGCACUCGACUUCCUGACCAUACAGCCAAUGUCCGCCGAAUGCGAGCGCCUUUUUUCCGCAGCAGGCAGAAUGGUCAACCCUCUCCGGAAUCGACUCGAGGCGCAGACGAUUGGCAUGUGCCAGGUAUUACGUUCGUGGCUGCGGGCGGGCAUCAUCCAAGAUUUAGACCCCUUCUUCAUCUCAGUUGAAGAAGAGACGAAUAAUCUCGAGCUGGCCCAGAUGUCAGAUCAAGAGGUUGAAGAGUGGGCGACAAAGUGGCUUACACGGGUGGCUAGCGCUCUGGAGGAGGCAGAAUUCAGCUGGAGAUCAUCUCGCUUAGGGAUGCAUAAGGUUAUGCAGGCCAUGCAAAGGCAGAAGUGGUUCCUGCUCUCAGAGACGCUAGUCUCUCAGGAAAGCUUCAAGCUGCAUUUCGAAUGA